AAGUGGGACAGAAUCCUGCAGCGAAUCUUCAUCAGUGAUGAAGAGGAAUUUGACGGCCUCCAGAACCAGCUGGUUCUGACUGUGAAGCAGAACCUCAAACCGGUUCUUCUUCAGCCUGCCUUACAGGCAGUUCCCCUGACAGCCUGCGGGGGGCGCGCUCUGUUCCAGCAGAGGGUGAACGGCCUCUACUGCCCGCCCCUCCUCUCUGCUUCCUGCUACUCAAAGCGGCGGCCCCGCCCACUGGCUCCACAGCGGACCCAGACUCUGCAGAGUCCAGCAGACGGGUCGGAACCAAGAGUCGGAACCAGGAGAUCCAACAUGGCCAAGUGUUCAGGAUGUGGACCCGGAUAUCGCAGCCCGCUGGACGCCAUGAAGGGGCCCCGUGAGCGGAUUGUCUACCUGCCUUGUAUCUACCGGAGCACCGCAGUCCAGAAGCCCGACUAUCUGGCCACGGUGGACGUCGACCCCGAGUCGCCCACAUACUGCCAGGUGAUCCACCGGCUGCCGAUGCCGAACCUGAACGAUGAGCUCCAUCACUCCGGUUGGAACGCCUGCAGCAGCUGCUUCGGCGACCCGACCCGAACCCGGAACCGGCUCAUCCUGCCGUCGCUCAUCUCCUCCCGGAUCUACGUGAUCGAUGUCGGAACCGAGCCCAGAUCGCCACGGAUCCACAAGACGGUGGAGCCCAUCGAUCUGUAUUGGAAGUGUGGCCUGGCCAACCCUCACACCAGUCACUGCCUGGCCAGUGGACAGAUCAUGAUCAGCUGCAUGGGAGAGCCAGCAGGUGGCGGUAAAGGGGGCUUUGUUCUGCUGGAUGGUGAGACGUUCGAGGUGGUCGGUAACUGGGAGCAUCCAGGUGAGGCGGCGCCGUUUGGCUAUGACUUCUGGUACCAGCCCCGCCAUAAUGUGAUGAUCAGCACUGAGUGGGGGGCGCCCAAAGCUCUGGUCCACGGCUUCAACCCGGCCCAUGUCAAGGAAGGUCAGUGGUCUUGUAACAGUCAUAAUUGUGUAGUGUCUCUUUAAGAUACUCUGGUAUCGCUAGUGAUGUCACAAGUAUGCGCCACUGCUCCUCCAUAGAUCAAUUUCUCAAAUUCUGUCAGGCUGAGGACCAACUGACCUGAAGUCGCCCGUGAUAAA